AUGGCUGGAGGGAGCCCUGCGCCGUGGUUUGUGCUCUGGCUCUACCUGGCGCCAGCCGUCGGCGAAGGGCAGGUGGGGAAACCCUUCGGGGAAACGUGCCUGGAGGAGUUUACGGCGGGGAUGCCGGACUUGGUGCUGGAUACGGACGCCUCGGUCCAGAACGGAGCCACGUUCUUGUCGUCCCCCAUAGUCCAUCGGAGCAGGGAGUGCGUGAGAGCCUGCUGCAAGGAGCCCGCUUGUAACCUGGCUCUGGUGGAGCAGGACCCGGGUACGGACGAAGACCGCAUUCGGGGCUGCUUCCUCCUCAACUGCCUCUACGAGCAGGCUUUCGUCUGUAGGUUCGCCGAGAAGCACGGCUUUCUCAACUUCUUGAGGAAAGACGUCUACGAGUCCUACCUGGCGAUGCAGGAUCUCAGACCUAGCGAUGACCGUCCUCCGAUAGCCCGCACUGCCAUGGACAUGAGGGUACAGCCUGGGGAACCAGUGAUGCUGAGAGGCAUAGAGAGCACGGAUGACCGAGGAAUAGUCAGCUAUGACUGGAAACAAGUCCUUGGCGACCCCUCCGUGGAGAUGAAGAAGCACGAAGAAGACCAGGUAGAAAUCUCCAACCUACAGGCGGGGACUUAUGUCUUCCAGCUUACUGUCACAGACACUGCUCAACAGCAAGACUUCACCAACAUCACCAUCAUGGUGCUGAAUUCUGAGCAGACUGAAGAGCAUUGUUUGACUCCUAAGAAGGUGGGUUGGUGUCGGGGAUCUUUUCCACGUUGGUUUUACAACCCGAGUCUUCAGCAGUGUGAGGAGUUCACUUUUGGCGGCUGCAAGCCCAACAAGAAUAACUACUUGCGGGAAGAGGAGUGUAAACUUGCCUGCAAGAAUGUUAGAGGUUCUGUUGGUGGGCGACAACAGCCAGUGUGCAAUGGGAAGUGUCAGACUCCCUUCUUCAGGUGCAAGGACGGCUGCUGCAUCGAUGCCUAUCUGGAGUGCGACAAAACUCUCGACUGUGCUGAUGGAUCGGACGAGAUGUAUUGUGAACAAUAUGCCCGUGAGUUCAACAGGCUGCAGAAAAUCAAUGUCACACAUAAGCAAGGUCACUGUGUGGACUUGCCUGAUGCUGGACAGUGCACCGAGAGCAUCCCGCGCUGGUACUACAACCCAUUCUUUGAGAAAUGCGACCUCUUCACCUACAGAGGCUGUGGUGGCAACAAAAACAACUUCAAAGAAGAGGAAGACUGCAUGAAAUCAUGUUCAGGCAUCACAAAAGCAGAUGCCAUUGGCCAGAGAUGGGAAUCACAUGAGUCCCAAAGUGCUGUCUUAAGUGCCUUUGAGGUAGUGAUUGCCGUGCUCCUUGGGAUCUGCAUCAUGGUGGUCCUGGUGAUUAUCGGCUACUUCUUCCUGAAGAACAGGAGGAAGAACAGCCGCCGCCGUCAGCCAACCACGGCUACUAACUCAACCCUCUCCACCACAGAGGACACUGAGCAUCUGUUUUACAGCAGUACCACCAAACCAGUCUGACCUACAGCCUCUCUCUCCAGCCCAGCACUGGGGCACACUCCAAAGCUUCUGGAGUUCUGUUUUUAGACACGGGCCCGUGCCUGAAGGACUCUUUCUCUUUAAAGGCAUUUGUAGCAUCAGGCCAAGAUCUAGCCAUGAUUUGGCAGUACUAAUGUUUGUGAUUGUCUUGGCUAAAUGGAUGCUCUGGAAAGUGAGGAUCUGGGAGCAUUUUGAUACUCUCUGA